UUCCGGUUAAAAAAUAAUAAUAAAACUAAGCCACAAGUCAGUAUACACAAUGUGGUUGGACUUAGGAAAUCUGAUUUGAAAUUUGUUUAGAAAGUAUGCUCCGUAAUAACUGUAUCAUUUUAUUCGCGACGAUUUGUAACUUUCCGGGUGCAGUUUCUGUUAAUGGUAACGUUCAGGGGUUUAGGCAAGGAUUUUUCAUUUUGUACUUGGGGUCUUAAAUUUUUACUCCACAUCAUGUUCGAAAUUUGUAUUCACCCCCAAAUGCUGUCCUUUAGAUAUUGAAGGAAUAAUGAAUAUUUUCCACUGUUGGUUGUAUUCUAAUUGUAACAGGUCCUCUUAACGGAUAGGUUUAUACACGGUGUUUAUGAAUUUCUGUUGCAGGUAUAAGACUGUUUCAGACAUCGUGUGGCCUUCAGAAGUUAUGCUUUUUUUCUGAAAACUGUUCAUGAAAAAAGUCGCUCACCUAAGCACGCUGGUUUUGCUUACUUACGUUCUUCCUUACGUUUUAACAGUUGGUAGACUUGUACGAGGUAAGUAGGUAGAUGCUGGACUCGGAGUACAUAUUUUAUCCAAGAAAACAGCAGGGAAGAUUACAAAUUGAAGAGCAAGGAGCAGGAAGCAAACACAACGCAUAUUAUAUUCAUAGCAGAUGCUGGCAAGGAAAUGUCAUUUAGAUUCAGACAGUCCAAAAGUAUGUUAGAACGUCAGGACUGAAAACCGCCAAUUGCCAUAUUGAACCAUUUGUCUGUAAGUGCUUUGGAGAAAUGAAGAUAAAAAUACAGAUUUGUUUAAUUCAAAAGUUGUCCAUUAUAUGGCUGAAAAGCUGUCAUUCACACUGUAGAUUCAAAAGCCGUGGUCGUCCAACUGCCCCUCUUGGCUCACGGAUCCUGACUGACCCUGCACGAGUAUUUGAACAUAAUAUGUGGGAUCAUAUGCAGUGGACUGAAGCAGAAGUAGCAGCUGCUAAAAAGAAAGCAUUGGAAAAUUCAAGUCCCAGAGUUCCUCAUCAGGAACAAGUUAAAUAUGAGAAAGAAGCCAGUAAAUACUGGGAUCAGUUUUAUAGGACUCACAAGAACAAAUUUUUCAAAGACCGUAAUUGGCUGUUCACAGAGUUUCCGGAAAUCCUUCCAUACAGAAAAGUUACCCAGCUAGAUGAAGAAAACAAGUCAAAUGAGAUCAGAAAUGUCUGCACUUUGUCUUCAGAGAGCAAAACAUUGUAUAGUCAAAAAUCUGUGCAAGGCACAUGUGGCCAUUUUGAAACUCCAAUUGUCACCUCUAGUGAUUCAACAAGGAAACAUAAGAGCAACAAAACCAGCAAUGGAACACAUUGUAUGACGCAGAACACGUUUCCCAUAGUUAUAGGAAAUGGACAAGACCCAGUAGAAUCUGAGAUGACGGAUGACAGAAAUGCAUCAUUCAGAAUUUUUGAGGUUGGAUGUGGUGCAGGAAAUACGCUUUUUCCCAUACUGAAUGCCAUUGGUAAUGAAUCAGGAAUUUUUCUUUAUUGUUCUGAUUUUUCUAAAGAAGCAGUGGAUCUCGUAAAGUUGCACUCUUGUUACAACCCAGCUUGUUGUUAUACCUUUGUUCAUGACGUAUGUGAUGAAACACAACCUUUCCCAUUUCCUGAUGGAAGCAUAGACGUUAUUCUUCUUGUUUUCAUGUUGUCUUCAGUUCUUCCUGAAAGGAUGCCAUAUGUCAUAACUAGGUUGGCCCAUGCACUGAAGCCAGGAGGAAAAAUACUGUUUCGAGAUUAUGGUAGACAUGACUUGUCUCAGCUUCGUUUUAAAAAAGGCCACUGCUUGUUUGACAACUUUUAUGUCAGAGGAGAUGGAACAAGAGUAUAUUUCUUCACGAAAGAUGAAAUACAUAAUAUAUUCACAAGUGCUGGUUUGAAUGAAAUUCAAAAUGUAAGGGACAAAAGACUUCAAGUCAACAGGCGAAAAAAGUUGCAAUGCAGAGAGUCUGGAUCCAAGCAAAGUAUCAAAAACCAGAACAACAUUCAUAAAACAGAAAGUAGCAUAACUGCAUAAUGCUUUUAGCUGUUGGAGAAUUGUAUAUUGUGCCUCAGUAUAAAGUGUAUAAAAUAAUACUGCAUACAACAGUGAUGGCUAAAAAGAAGGGAUCCUGUCUGGAAUGCCAUUUGUCCAUAUUUGAAUAACAGUUUGGAUGCCAGAAAUCCAGUCUAUGAAACAAAAUGUGAGCAGCCAGAGGUCUGCUAUAUUCUGUCAGGAUAGGAGUAGAGUAAAUCAGAUUUGUUCCUGCUCAGCAGUCUACCCCGAGUAGAUACAGUGGGACAUUUCUGACAGACUUAUACAGCAGGCCAUGCAUCUAGAAUCAUAUACAUGGACCAUGCUAAUGGAGCUACUUAUGGAGAGCUAGGUGUUAGUGUUUUAUAGCAGCAUGAUACGUAAUAGAAGUAAGCCCUCCACUGGCUUUCUGAUGGUAUUUCUCAAGCUAAUUUCUUAAUCGUGUCCUCCACUGAGACAUUUGUUUUGCUUCACUGACAGAACAAGUAAGAAUAUUGGGUUUGGUGGGUCCAGGAGUUCAUGAAAUCUGCAAGCUAUUGAUCUUAAAACAUACAUUUUUGAAAUUAGCAUUGUAAAAAAUAUUCCCUGCUCUGUGAUGCACAGGUAUGAAGUUUUGACAGCAGCCCAUGUUUGACUAGAAAGCCAUGGUGCUAAAGGAGCUGCUCAGGGAGGGCCGGCAGUAUGCACCUGAUGGUGACUUUCCCAUCCCUUGGGGAGGGUGGUACACUGGUCCUUCUGCUUGAGCAUUAUCAAAUGGGCACAGGCUUAUAUAUGGAGACAAAUGCACACUGGUGCCUUCUUAGCAGCGCAUUGCCCUUUAGCUUAGGACUGAAUAUUUGAAAGCACACACUUACACUGGGCCUGGCACUGCAGAACUUUUUGUCCUCCCCAACCUUGACAAACUAGUACUUCCAGAUUCUUACUCUCCCUUUAUAACCCUCUGUCCUGCUGGAUUUUUAGUACCCCUCAUCAUCCUGCUUGAAGUUUCUUUUUAACUGGAAAUAUUUCCCUUAUUAGAAGCCCUCUAACUUAUUUGCUGGCAGUAAAGGAUGAAAAUUAAGGGCUUAUGGACUGUCAUCCAUAGCUAGAUCAGGAUUAUUUUCUUUACCUUGUAUUCCCAACCAUCACGUGGAAAGACAAUACUGACAAAACAUGAUCUUUAUUGCCAAGGCACACAUGCUUGCCUCUACAUACUUAUACUUAUACCUUGUUACGUGUGCCAUAUAUGAUGAUCCUGAUACACUGGGUCCAACAUCUGCCUUCUGCCAUGUGGUGCUUGAGUACUGAGACAUAGUCAUCUGAGGAUGUGCUACUGUUAUUGGCUAUUUAAUCCCAUUCAUUGUCAACACCAGCACAAUGCACCACUACUUAAACUCAAUUUACUGUUGCUGCAGUUAGGAAUUUAUCUGUGUUACCAUUGAAGCUAGCUUCUAACAUUUUUUCAGCAGGGUCAAACAACCAGAAAGUAGCAGAGCAAGCUAAACAGGAAAAUCCAAGUCAGGCAUGGUUAAUGAUCCACUCACUGGUCCUCCAUUUUAAUCUCCGCACACACUGCCUGACGAAAAGCAGGUCUAUAUUAUAUUGUUGACAGGUGAAAAUGUCAACUCUGACUUGUUCGACACCAAAAUGUCGAACUACAAAAUUAGCGAACAG